CUCAUAAGACAUUAAAAGCUGGGUCUAAGCACCAUGUGAUCAAAUGCAAGCGCUGAAAACACCGUACUCUACCGAUCGGUGUCUAAGGAGGUAAUAAAUGCAGCUUUUAUCUGGAAACAGAAAGUGAAACUUUAUUUGACUGGAGGAGAAAUGGCGCAGCAAGGGAUUCAGCUGGAUCAAGAAAAACUGAGCUGUUCCAUCUGCUUGGAUCUUCUUAAGGAUCCAGUCACCAUCCCCUGUGGGCACAGCUACUGCAUGAGCUGUAUCAGAAACUACUGGGAUGAGAAUGAAAUGCAUAACUGCCCUCAGUGCAGGCAGACUUUCAUACCGAGGCCUGUCCUGGUGAAAAACACCAUUUUAGCUGAGUUAGUGGAGGACUUAAAGAAAGCAGCACUUCCAGCAGCUUCACUGCAUCAUUCCUAUGCUGGACCUGGAGAUGUGGCCUGUGAUUUCUGUUCUGGGAAGAAGCUGAAAGCUUUCAAGUCUUGUCUGGUGUGUAUGGCCUCUUACUGUGAGCUGCACCUUCAGCCUCACUACAACAUAGCUCCUUUAAAGAAACACAACCUCAUCAAAGCCACUUCAAAGCUUCAGGAGAACAUCUGCAAUCUCCACGAUGAGGUGAUGAGGAUUUUCUGUCGCACUGAUCAGCAGUGUAUCUGUUAUCUCUGUUUAAUGGAUGAACACAAAGGCCAUGUCUCAGUGUCAGCUGUAGCAGAGAGAGCUGAGAGGCAGAAAGAACUGGCAGGAAAUCAGCAAAAAAUCCAACAGAGAAUCCAGGACAUAGAGAAAGAUGUGAAGAUACUUCAGGAGGAGGUGGAGACUAUGAAUUGUUCUGCUGAAAAAGCUUUGAAGGAAAGUGAGGAGAUGUUCAAAGACUUGAUCAGACUCGUUCAGAAAAAAAGCUCUGAGGUGACGAAUAUGAUCAAAUCCAAGCAGAAAAGUGAAGAGAGUCGAGUCAGAGAGCUUCAGGAGAAGAUAGAGCAGGAGAUCCAAGAGCUGAGGAGGAGAGACACUGAACUGCAGCAGCUCUCACUGACAGAGGAUCACCUCCAUUUUCUAAACAGCUACUCCUCACUGUCACAUCUGAGUGAAUCUACAAACAUACCCACCACCAACAACCUCACUCUGCAGUACUUCGAGGAUGUGACCGCAGCUGUAUCACAGGCCAGAGAUAACAUGAAGGAUCUUCUGAGUGAUCAAUGGCCAAAAAUGUCACUCUCAGUGAAUAAAGCAGAUGUUUUACUGCCUCAAGGAGAACCCACAACCAGAGAUGAAUUUUUGAAAUAUUCUUGUCAAAUCACUCUGAAUCCAAAUACAGCACACACACGUUUAUCGUUGAGUGAAAAGAACAGAAAAGCAACACUGAUGAGUAGAAACCAGUCAUAUCCAAGUCACGCAGACAGAUUCCAUGAAAGGUGGCAGGUCCUCAGCAGAGAGGGUCUGACUGGAUGUUGUUACUGGGAGGUGAAGAGGAGUGGGGUGGUUGUAGUAGCUGUUGCGUAUAAGGAUAUCAGCCGUAAAGGGACCAGGGAGGAAUGUGGAUUUGGAUUAAAUGGCAAAUCGUGGGCAUUAAAAUGUUCAGACAUUGGUUAUGAAUCCAGUUGUGACAAUAUUUUGACUUCUCUCUCAGGCCCUCAAUCUUCCAAAGUUGGUGUGUAUUUGGACCACAGGGCAGGUAUUCUGUCUUUCUACAGCAUCACUGAGACCAUGACUCUCCUCCACAGAGUCCAGACCAGGUUCACUCAACCUCUCUAUGCUGGAUUUUGGCUUCCACAGCAUGCUGGAGACACUGUUGAAUUGUGUGAAUUCAAGUAGAGAACAAAUAGUCCCAUGUAGUAUUUGUUAAGGUGUUUGUAUCUCCCCUAUCAAAGAUAAAA